CCAUCAGCUAGUUGUCCUGGAUUUGAGUAGGAAGUGAGCGUCCCCAAGAGCACAGAGCUAACAAAGAUUAGCUUGAUCCAAAAAACAAAACAAACAGCUGCUUUGUCCCGUGGUUUUCUCUACGGGUACCUGUUUUUUCCUCACCGGAGCUGCUCGAAACGCUUCGUGAACUGCUGACAGAAAGUCCGCAGUCAUGUUGUCCGAGCGGGUUGAGUUUGGAGGCUCUUCCUUCCUCCGGUCUCAUGAUGUCGGAGGGACUCGCUAGUUUUGCCUGAGCUCCUCUCAGCACCUCCGCUGCUGCUAACUCAACUUUGCUGUUGUUGGACGUUUCCUCCUCAGAAGAUGGCGACUCAAAACACUGGAACGUUUCAAGACUCCCUGCAGAGUUCAGAGGAACGCGGGGAGCUGGUGCACUCGUUAUCUAAGGAGACUCCUGGAUCUCCAGAUGCCUCUGAGUUGGGGAGCCCCCGCUGUACUCUGAACUUUGACCUCCUGAACAUGGUGACAUCCUACAAGAGAAUGGCUCUGUAUCUAGAACCCAUUGUAGACGCAGUAGAGGUCAUUCACCUGUUACUCGGAUGGAAGAUGCCACUGUGCUCUCUGCUCGUUUGUAUAUUCCUCAACAUCUUCUUUUGCACAAUUACUGAAGUUGGUUGGUUCACAGGGAGUGUGGUGGUUGUAUCGGCGCCGGCUGCCCUGGGUUACCUGCAGGACAGGUGUGGGGGCAAAGCCUCUGAAGCGGAUCUCCAGAAGAGGCGUUACCACGCUGUGCAUCGCAAAGACCUGCAGACGGUUCACCUCACCAAACAGGAGGCCAUGCUGGAAGUCAAAGACCUGUUGAAGCACCUGGAUGACAUGUUGUCCUCUGCUUGCCAAUCAGCGGAAGCCAUUUACAAGGUUUUAUACUGGGAUAGUCACACCAGUUCUUCAAGGUUUUAUGGAGCGACGCUAACAGUGGUGUGUCUGCUUUAUGUUGUUCCUGUGGGCUGGGUGCUUGCUGGGCUCAACACCGUCGUCUUCCUGUGGAACCGAGACUUCUGCAGAGUUCUUCUGGACCUUCGGAAGCUCUUUUACUUUGGUCCGACUCAGACCUCAGAGGGGCUGCCUGAAGACCAGGCUCAGGGCAGCCUGAUGGACAGGACGCCAACCCCCCCUAGUCUAGAGGACCUUUCCCCUGGAAGUGUAGAAGAAGCAGAGGAGGCUGAACCUGAUGAUGAGUUUAAGGACGCCAUUGAGGAGAAUUCGGUUUCACUGCAGGAAACUCCAUUACUCGUACUGGAGGAUGAUGAUGGACCUCUUGGAGCUCCAGAGUAUGACCCAAUUUCUGAGAACGACCUGCUGAGUCGCAAUGAACCAAUACGCAGUAAGGUGUCCAAACUGACGGAGAAACUGCGUAAACGCUAUCCUGCCUCCGUCACAGGCAGCUGUUCCAGUUGUAGCGCGGUUUUCUCAGUUCUGAAGAAGAGGAGGAACUGCAGUAACUGUGGCAACAGCUUCUGUUCUCGAUGCUGUUCCUUCAAGGUGUUGAGGUCUUACAUGGGGGCUACAGCUCCAGAGGCCCAGAGGGAAACUGUGUUUGUGUGUGCUGCCUGUAAUUCCUCCCUCACCAAGUUACAGUGAGGUGGCUAUUGUCUCCAGAACUCUUCACUGAAAACCAAACCUACUCGCCUCAGUUUUCACAUAAAGGCUCAUACAUUUUUAAAGAUGUUGGACUUCCAGAACCUCCCUGCCUUUACCGGCUGUAUCCCUGCGUAGCCUCAUGUUGCUUGUGGGAUUUCUGCUGUAAUGUGUAUUUCCUGCUUGAACUAUCGGUAAUGGCCUGGAAUUUGAGUUUUAAAGGCUGACCACUACAGCAAAGGACGUACUCUUCUUUUUUUUCUUUUUUCUGGGCAGAGCGAAGAAUCAGUCCUUCAUAGGGGAGUCAGCAAUGUUGGAUGAAAGCAUAAUGCUUUUGCUUUUAUCUUCCCUCUGCAGCAGGGUCAUUUUAGGUAGAUCGAGAACGAGUCGAAGUAAACUCUAAACGUAACAGUGUUAAAGGUCUUCGUUUGGUGCCAUCAGCUGAGCCUGGUCCCACACGGGCUUCUGGCUAAACACGACUUUGAGUAAUCAGCAGUGUCAUGUUGUAGGUUUCUCUGAUCUCCAUUAGGCUCACCGUUACAAUAAUACUCGCCUGACAUAGCUACAUUAUUUUUAGCCUCAGAAGUUGCAGAGGGAACAAUACAAGAGAAAUAUACAUCACUCUUAGUAAAAAGCACAAGCUGCUGUGAAACACGUGGCGUUUCUAACUCUGAGGGUCCAGGACAAAAAACAUUUUGUGACGUUUAUCUACUACUAACCUUUUGCCUCCAUCGUUUAUAAUGUUUUUCCAUUGUGGGUAAACGAGCUUAAGCGUGUCUUCUAAAUGGAUGAAAGUUUUUCUAACUGGAUGACCGUUGUUCGGAUGGACCGAGGAACCACCUGAAAUAGUGUCGGAAGCCUCGCCCUCUCUCUCUUUCUCUUGCAAGCAGGACUUGACUUGAAGAACCAGUCGUGAGGGGUUGAAACGCAGAAAGUGGAUCCCAUCAAUCAAGUAGAUUUUAACCAUAAAUCAGACACAGAUGAUUGUAACUGCUUUGCUUUUAAUGUUAUUCUAUAUACAUGGUUACUGUAAUUUAUUCUAACUGUUCUAUAUCUAAUAUAUUUAAUUUAAAUCUCCCAAAAGUGCAGAUUAUCAUUUGACAUAAUGAUUGUGUGUACAUUUGGUCCUAUUUCAAAAGUUAAAUUGUUAUUAAAAUAAACUGUGAAAUUUGAA